AUGGAGAAUGACUCCGCCAAGUUAAGUCUGUACUCAGCUAUAAGCACCGUUGUGCCAACGCCGGAGUUGAGUACUGUGAGCAUCGGUCGAGAGUCUGCACUCAUUAAAUUAACUUAUAACAUACUAGCUAUAGGAGAAAAGACUAGUUCUGACUCCACUUUCACUCUAAGUGUGACCCGAACUUUGGUACAAAUCAGCAAGACUCUGGCUAAGGUUUCGGACAGAAACUUAGGACUUCAACUAGUUGACUGUCUCCUGACGUUUGUCUGGUCUCAUCUUGAGCAUUACAUGGACAGUGUGCGUCAUUUGACAGGACAUGUAUUGGCCAACAUCGUUAGAUACUGCACUGAAUUAAAAAACAAAGGUGACAACAAAGCCUUGGAUAAUCUUUUCACAGCGUUGACGUCUCUGGACAGGAGUCGAAAGAGUUACUAUGUGAGUCUUACUUCGCUCACCUCAGAAUUAGGUGCAAGCUGUAUUCUAGAGAGAAUGCCUAACGCAAUUUGUGACACUAUUAAAGCACUGGAUAUUCAAGCUGUACAAGCUAGCGCUACAACUGCGCUUGAGACUCUACUUCACAGACAUUCCAAAGAAACUUCGAGCGAAAAGUUGUACAAAAGCUGGGUGAAACCCAUACUAUCACAUGUGACGACGAAUGCUUUGGAUUCGGCAGUGUUGAACAUUCUAGAAAAUAUUCUGCUGCAGGCUGUAAAACUAGAUGAGAAUAUAAUGGAUUAUUUACUACCCUACAUAAAACAGUUGCCAAGUACAAACGAAAACGGUCGUGACGAUCUAAAAUGCGUCUUAAUGCUACUGAGCGUCGUUCGAAAAUCCAAUGUUGCGGGGAAGUUGGAAGCGACCGAUGAAGAGUGGAAAGGCCUCAUCAGUUACGAGAUUUUGAAAAUGGCUGCCGUCAAUGUAGUUGAUGAGACACGCAUCUUAUCUUUGUCUCUAAUUGUGGAUUCCCCGAAAUCCACGGAGGCUUUCACUGCGCAGGAGCUGGAGCUUGUGCUGUGGUACCUCAAAUACAAUAUUAACGCGCAGGCUCCCAACUUUAGGCAGCUUACGUUGUCAUUGAUGAAAAAGUUCAUAAAACGCCUUGAAGACAGCUACAAAGUACUGAAAAGGCAAAAAGGACUCAAUGACGAAUACAAUAAAGGAGAUUAUUACUUGUCAUUCGUUGAGAAGCUGCGCGAUUUUUGUUACGGAUGUCUGAUACGAGGAGUCAAUUACAGUCGGCGGUACGUCGCUCUGCAAGUGCUCGUGUGGUGUGAAGGUGUCAACCUCGAGGGAUAUCAAAGAACGUGGAAGGCAGAGUACGUAGAGAAUCUGUUGAUACAUCUCGAGGACAGCUACGAGACGAACAAGGCAUUCGCACUGGAAAUAUUGAACAUAUGCCCUGUGGAAAUGAUACAGGAGCAAAGGCACGUUAUUGGUUUGGAGCUAGACAAAAUAUUGCGACAGGCUUCAUCCGUCAAACCGACCGAUUGCAUCUCAGCCGCGUACAAGCUCCAAUUAAUGGUGGACAGGCUCCCGGAGUGUAUCCCUAAAGAAAGAGAUUACGAGGUAGCGGAACCGGUGAAGUACCGGUUGGCGUGUGUGCUGCUGCAAGAGCUGCGACGUGAGCUGCAGGUGUGCGAGCGCUGUGUGCUGCGCGCUGCGGGUGAGGCGCCGCUGCACGGCCUGUUGCACGCAACGCGCCACCUACUGGAACACCUGCAUCCGGGCUCUAUAUCCCAGGAUCAGUCCUGGUCAUCACUAAUAGAGCAGAUAAUCAACACUUGCGUGGAGGUGAACGCAGCAGUGGCGUGCGUUGUGAACAACUCCUCGCCAGAGGGUCACUUACCCAUGGACAUGUCGGGGGUUGUGAUCACCGAUCAUGGAAAUUCAGGGAACGUGAGGCUUGAAGACGGAAGACUGGUUACGGCACAGAUGGUGUUGAUUUGUGCUUGGAGGUCUGUUAAGGAGGUGUCACUUCUACUAGGCUCCCUGUCGUCAAGAAUGACCAUCCAAGGCGAAGAACACGACUAUGGGACUCUGAGCCAGCAACAGGUUGUGCUAAUUGGGGAACAUUUCACCAAACUCCUGACGGAGACGAAACAUCGCGGGGCUUUUGAGCAGGCUUAUGUGGGCUUCACCAAGUUGUUGUCGAGGCUGUGGCGGUGUCGUAGCGAGUCCUUGCACUCGUUGCCUCGUCGCUGGCUUACCGAGCUGCUGCAGAGCAUCGCUGCUGAUGAUGGAACAGGACUGCUCAGUGCCACUAGGAGGAGUGCUGGGCUGCCCUUCAUGAUUCAGGCGCUGGUGAGCACCGAGCUGCAGGUGAGCGAGAAGGGCGUGUGCCUGGACGAGUGCGUGGCUGCGAUGCUGCGCUGCGGCGGCGCGCACGCCAGCAACGUGCUGCGCGCGCUGCUGCGCUGCGCCGCGCUGCAGCAGCGCGCCGCCGCGCACGUGGCCGCCGUGCUGCUGCACGCGCUCCGCGCCUUCGACGCGCACUCCUGGCAGGAGAGGAACUCUGCAACCCUGCUGCUGAGUGCUCUGGUGGUGCGCGUGUUCGGUGUGGCGCGUGCGCGGAGCGCGGAGCGGCUGUCCAGCAGGAACACCAUGACCGGCAGGAUGUUCUUCCUGCGCUACCCGCAACUCUACGACUUCAUGCUGGUCAGUGCCUUCCGCUGUAACUUAUGUUCGGUGCGGAGCGCGGACCGGCUGUCCAGCAGGAACACCAUGACCGGCAGGAUGUUCUUCCUGCGCUACCCGCAACUCUACGACUUCAUGCUGGUCAGUGCCUUCCGCUGUAACUUAUGUUCGGUGCGGAGCGCGGACCGGCUGUCCAGCAGGAACACCAUGACCGGCAGGAUGUUCUUCCUGCGCUACCCGCAACUCUACGACUUCAUGCUGGUCAGUGCCUUCCGCUGUAACUUAUGUUCGGUGCGGAGCGCGGACCGGCUGUCCAGCAGGAACACCAUGACCGGCAGGAUGUUCUUCCUGCGCUACCCGCAACUCUACGACUUCAUGCUGGUCAGUGCCUUCCGCUGUAACUUAUGUUCGGUGCGGAGCGCGGACCGGCUGUCCAGCAGGAACACCAUGACCGGCAGGAUGUUCUUCCUGCGCUACCCGCAACUCUACGACUUCAUGCUGGUCAGUGCCUUCCGCUGUAACUUAUGUUCGGUGCGGAGCGCGGACCGGCUGUCCAGCAGGAACACCAUGACCGGCAGGAUGUUCUUCCUGCGCUACCCGCAACUCUACGACUUCAUGCUGGUCAGUGCCUUCCGCUGUAACUUAUGUUCGGUGCGGAGCGCGGACCGGCUGUCCAGCAGGAACACCAUGACCGGCAGGAUGUUCUUCCUGCGCUACCCGCAACUCUACGACUUCAUGCUGGUCAGUGCCUUCCGCUGUAACUUAUGUUCGGUGCGGAGCGCGGACCGGCUGUCCAGCAGGAACACCAUGACCGGCAGGAUGUUCUUCCUGCGCUACCCGCAACUCUACGACUUCAUGCUGGUCAGUGCCUUCCGCUGUAACUUAUGUUCGGUGCGGAGCGCGGACCGGCUGUCCAGCAGGAACACCAUGACCGGCAGGAUGUUCUUCCUGCGCUACCCGCAACUCUACGACUUCAUGCUGGUCAGUGCCUUCCGCUGUAACUUAUGUUCGGUGCGGAGCGCGGACCGGCUGUCCAGCAGGAACACCAUGACCGGCAGGAUGUUCUUCCUGCGCUACCCGCAACUCUACGACUUCAUGCUGGUCAGUGCCUUCCGCUGUAACUUAUGUUCGGUGCGGAGCGCGGACCGGCUGUCCAGCAGGAACACCAUGACCGGCAGGAUGUUCUUCCUGCGCUACCCGCAACUCUACGACUUCAUGCUGGUCAGUGCCUUCCGCUGUAACUUAUGUUCGGUGCGGAGCGCGGACCGGCUGUCCAGCAGGAACACCAUGACCGGCAGGAUGUUCUUCCUGCGCUACCCGCAACUCUACGACUUCAUGCUGGUCAGUGCCUUCCGCUGUAACUUAUGUUCGGUGCGGAGCGCGGACCGGCUGUCCAGCAGGAACACCAUGACCGGCAGGAUGUUCUUCCUGCGCUACCCGCAACUCUACGACUUCAUGCUGGUCAGUGCCUUCCGCUGUAACUUAUGUUCGGUGCGGAGCGCGGACCGGCUGUCCAGCAGGAACACCAUGACCGGCAGGAUGUUCUUCCUGCGCUACCCGCAACUCUACGACUUCAUGCUGGUCAGUGCCUUCCGCUGUAACUUAUGUUCGGUGCGGAGCGCGGACCGGCUGUCCAGCAGGAACACCAUGACCGGCAGGAUGUUCUUCCUGCGCUACCCGCAACUCUACGACUUCAUGCUGGUCAGUGCCUUCCGCUGUAACUUAUGUUCGGUGCGGAGCGCGGACCGGCUGUCCAGCAGGAACACCAUGACCGGCAGGAUGUUCUUCCUGCGCUACCCGCAACUCUACGACUUCAUGCUGGUCAGUGCCUUCCGCUGUAACUUAUGUUCGGUGCGGAGCGCGGACCGGCUGUCCAGCAGGAACACCAUGACCGGCAGGAUGUUCUUCCUGCGCUACCCGCAACUCUACGACUUCAUGCUGGUCAGUGCCUUCCGCUGUAACUUAUGUUCGGUGCGGAGCGCGGACCGGCUGUCCAGCAGGAACACCAUGACCGGCAGGAUGUUCUUCCUGCGCUACCCGCAACUCUACGACUUCAUGCUGGUCAGUGCCUUCCGCUGUAACUUAUGUUCGGUGCGGAGCGCGGACCGGCUGUCCAGCAGGAACACCAUGACCGGCAGGAUGUUCUUCCUGCGCUACCCGCAACUCUACGACUUCAUGCUGGUCAGUGCCUUCCGCUGUAACUUAUGUUCGGUGCGGAGCGCGGACCGGCUGUCCAGCAGGAACACCAUGACCGGCAGGAUGUUCUUCCUGCGCUACCCGCAACUCUACGACUUCAUGCUGGUCAGUGCCUUCCGCUGUAACUUAUGUUCGGUGCGGAGCGCGGACCGGCUGUCCAGCAGGAACACCAUGACCGGCAGGAUGUUCUUCCUGCGCUACCCGCAACUCUACGACUUCAUGCUGGUCAGUGCCUUCCGCUGUAACUUAUGUUCGGUGCGGAGCGCGGACCGGCUGUCCAGCAGGAACACCAUGACCGGCAGGAUGUUCUUCCUGCGCUACCCGCAACUCUACGACUUCAUGCUGGUCAGUGCCUUCCGCUGUAACUUAUGUUCGGUGCGGAGCGCGGACCGGCUGUCCAGCAGGAACACCAUGACCGGCAGGAUGUUCUUCCUGCGCUACCCGCAACUCUACGACUUCAUGCUGGUCAGUGCCUUCCGCUGUAACUUAUGUUCGGUGCGGAGCGCGGACCGGCUGUCCAGCAGGAACACCAUGACCGGCAGGAUGUUCUUCCUGCGCUACCCGCAACUCUACGACUUCAUGCUGGUCAGUGCCUUCCGCUGUAACUUAUGUUCGGUGCGGAGCGCGGACCGGCUGUCCAGCAGGAACACCAUGACCGGCAGGAUGUUCUUCCUGCGCUACCCGCAACUCUACGACUUCAUGCUGGUCAGUGCCUUCCGCUGUAACUUAUGUUCGGUGCGGAGCGCGGACCGGCUGUCCAGCAGGAACACCAUGACCGGCAGGAUGUUCUUCCUGCGCUACCCGCAACUCUACGACUUCAUGCUGGUCAGUGCCUUCCGCUGUAACUUAUGUUCGGUGCGGAGCGCGGACCGGCUGUCCAGCAGGAACACCAUGACCGGCAGGAUGUUCUUCCUGCGCUACCCGCAACUCUACGACUUCAUGCUGGUCAGUGCCUUCCGCUGUAACUUAUGUUCGGUGCGGAGCGCGGACCGGCUGUCCAGCAGGAACACCAUGACCGGCAGGAUGUUCUUCCUGCGCUACCCGCAACUCUACGACUUCAUGCUGGUCAGUGCCUUCCGCUGUAACUUAUGUUCGGUGCGGAGCGCGGACCGGCUGUCCAGCAGGAACACCAUGACCGGCAGGAUGUUCUUCCUGCGCUACCCGCAACUCUACGACUUCAUGCUGGUCAGUGCCUUCCGCUGUAACUUAUGUUCGGUGCGGAGCGCGGACCGGCUGUCCAGCAGGAACACCAUGACCGGCAGGAUGUUCUUCCUGCGCUACCCGCAACUCUACGACUUCAUGCUGGUCAGUGCCUUCCGCUGUAACUUAUGUUCGGUGCGGAGCGCGGACCGGCUGUCCAGCAGGAACACCAUGACCGGCAGGAUGUUCUUCCUGCGCUACCCGCAACUCUACGACUUCAUGCUGGUCAGUGCCUUCCGCUGUAACUUAUGUUCGGUGCGGAGCGCGGACCGGCUGUCCAGCAGGAACACCAUGACCGGCAGGAUGUUCUUCCUGCGCUACCCGCAACUCUACGACUUCAUGCUGGUCAGUGCCUUCCGCUGUAACUUAUGUUCGGUGCGGAGCGCGGACCGGCUGUCCAGCAGGAACACCAUGACCGGCAGGAUGUUCUUCCUGCGCUACCCGCAACUCUACGACUUCAUGCUGGUCAGUGCCUUCCGCUGUAACUUAUGUUCGGUGCGGAGCGCGGACCGGCUGUCCAGCAGGAACACCAUGACCGGCAGGAUGUUCUUCCUGCGCUACCCGCAACUCUACGACUUCAUGCUGGUCAGUGCCUUCCGCUGUAACUUAUGUUCGGUGCGGAGCGCGGACCGGCUGUCCAGCAGGAACACCAUGACCGGCAGGAUGUUCUUCCUGCGCUACCCGCAACUCUACGACUUCAUGCUGGUCAGUGCCUUCCGCUGUAACUUAUGUUCGGUGCGGAGCGCGGACCGGCUGUCCAGCAGGAACACCAUGACCGGCAGGAUGUUCUUCCUGCGCUACCCGCAACUCUACGACUUCAUGCUGGUCAGUGCCUUCCGCUGUAACUUAUGUUCGGUGCGGAGCGCGGACCGGCUGUCCAGCAGGAACACCAUGACCGGCAGGAUGUUCUUCCUGCGCUACCCGCAACUCUACGACUUCAUGCUGGUCAGUGCCUUCCGCUGUAACUUAUGUUCGGUGCGGAGCGCGGACCGGCUGUCCAGCAGGAACACCAUGACCGGCAGGAUGUUCUUCCUGCGCUACCCGCAACUCUACGACUUCAUGCUGGUCAGUGCCUUCCGCUGUAACUUAUGUUCGGUGCGGAGCGCGGACCGGCUGUCCAGCAGGAACACCAUGACCGGCAGGAUGUUCUUCCUGCGCUACCCGCAACUCUACGACUUCAUGCUGGUCAGUGCCUUCCGCUGUAACUUAUGUUCGGUGCGGAGCGCGGACCGGCUGUCCAGCAGGAACACCAUGACCGGCAGGAUGUUCUUCCUGCGCUACCCGCAACUCUACGACUUCAUGCUGGUCAGUGCCUUCCGCUGUAACUUAUGUUCGGUGCGGAGCGCGGACCGGCUGUCCAGCAGGAACACCAUGACCGGCAGGAUGUUCUUCCUGCGCUACCCGCAACUCUACGACUUCAUGCUGGUCAGUGCCUUCCGCUGUAACUUAUGUUCGGUGCGGAGCGCGGACCGGCUGUCCAGCAGGAACACCAUGACCGGCAGGAUGUUCUUCCUGCGCUACCCGCAACUCUACGACUUCAUGCUGGUCAGUGCCUUCCGCUGUAACUUAUGUUCGGUGCGGAGCGCGGACCGGCUGUCCAGCAGGAACACCAUGACCGGCAGGAUGUUCUUCCUGCGCUACCCGCAACUCUACGACUUCAUGCUGGUCAGUGCCUUCCGCUGUAACUUAUGUUCGGUGCGGAGCGCGGACCGGCUGUCCAGCAGGAACACCAUGACCGGCAGGAUGUUCUUCCUGCGCUACCCGCAACUCUACGACUUCAUGCUGGUCAGUGCCUUCCGCUGUAACUUAUGUUCGGUGCGGAGCGCGGACCGGCUGUCCAGCAGGAACACCAUGACCGGCAGGAUGUUCUUCCUGCGCUACCCGCAACUCUACGACUUCAUGCUGGUCAGUGCCUUCCGCUGUAACUUAUGUUCGGUGCGGAGCGCGGACCGGCUGUCCAGCAGGAACACCAUGACCGGCAGGAUGUUCUUCCUGCGCUACCCGCAACUCUACGACUUCAUGCUGGUCAGUGCCUUCCGCUGUAACUUAUGUUCGGUGCGGAGCGCGGACCGGCUGUCCAGCAGGAACACCAUGACCGGCAGGAUGUUCUUCCUGCGCUACCCGCAACUCUACGACUUCAUGCUGGUCAGUGCCUUCCGCUGUAACUUAUGUUCGGUGCGGAGCGCGGACCGGCUGUCCAGCAGGAACACCAUGACCGGCAGGAUGUUCUUCCUGCGCUACCCGCAACUCUACGACUUCAUGCUGGUCAGUGCCUUCCGCUGUAACUUAUGUUCGGUGCGGAGCGCGGACCGGCUGUCCAGCAGGAACACCAUGACCGGCAGGAUGUUCUUCCUGCGCUACCCGCAACUCUACGACUUCAUGCUGGUCAGUGCCUUCCGCUGUAACUUAUGUUCGGUGCGGAGCGCGGACCGGCUGUCCAGCAGGAACACCAUGACCGGCAGGAUGUUCUUCCUGCGCUACCCGCAACUCUACGACUUCAUGCUGGUCAGUGCCUUCCGCUGUAACUUAUGUUCGGUGCGGAGCGCGGACCGGCUGUCCAGCAGGAACACCAUGACCGGCAGGAUGUUCUUCCUGCGCUACCCGCAACUCUACGACUUCAUGCUGGAGAAACUACAAGCGAGUGGAAACGACGAUGCCCAGUUGCUCACGCCGUCCCUGUACCCCAUUCUCUUACUGCUGGCCAGACUUUAUCCGUCUGCUUUAGAGGGAACAGUCUCCAAUUUGAAGCACUGCAGUUUUUACCGUUACGAUGAAGCAGAUUAG